AGAAAGAAUCAUAUAAUAUUUUCCACCUUUAAAUUCAUUCUAAAGUUGUGCUCUCUCUCUUUCUAUCUCUCUCUAAGAGGAGAGAGAGACCAAUCAUCUAAAAAACAAAAUCAGACGAAAAUUCUUAAAAGACGACAACAAUAAAAAAAAGGAAAAUCACUUCUCAAGAAAAAAAAAAAAGAAUUUUUUUAGGGCUUUAACAAAAAUCCCAAAUUAAUUUUCUUCCUUCAAUUUUUAUCCUUGUUCCCACCAAACACCAUUCCCGCUCCUUCAUUCAUACUUUCUUUCCAAGAAAACGUGAUUUUCACGCUUUUCGGGUCUUGUCCAAUUCCUAGUAGUUGCUUUUUUUUUUCUUUAUCUUUUUUUUUUCCUUUUUUUUAAUUUGGUAAUUUUUUGGGUGGAAAUUGAUUACCGUUUUCUGCCUCCGGCGACUCCUUCGCCGCCGGCUGCUGUUGAUUCGCCGACGGUGUCUCCUUCAAGGUGUAUUUUUUGUGUUUGAUUUGUUGAUCUGCUGGAGAAGGUGGGUGGCAUGAAUAUAGGGGGAGAGAAUGGUUAAUGGUUGGAAGAAAAAUUAGAAGAAUAAAAAUUCUGAGGAUUUUUGUUACCCGAUUUGUCAUUUUGUUGAAUUGAAACCAUUGGUAAUUGUUGGAUUGUUGAAAGGUUUUGACUACAUUUUGAUCUAUGGAUUCGGAAACAGUUACAUCUCCCAAGGAUUUGUUGAAAUGUUGCGACUGCGGAUGUAGUUGCUCUUUGUUGGAUCAAAAUUCUGCAACUUGGAUGCGUUCUGUUAAACGGAAGCAUGAUGAGUUUAAAGUGGAAAGCCAAUUACCGAUGCAAUCGGUUGCGCGGGUUGAAAUUGGGAAUGAAUGUGUAGCAUUACGUGAGAUGGUUGGUGUGCAACAGAGAACUAUUCAAGAUCUGAAUGAAGAAUUGGAUGAGGAGAGAAAUUCUUCUUCCACCGCUGCGAACGAGGCGAUGUCUAUGAUCUUGAGGUUGCAGAGGGAAAAGGCAGAGAUUCAAAUGGAAGCUCGUCAAUUCAAGCGUUUUGCGGAGGAGAAAAUGAUGCAUGAUCAAGAGGAACUUAUGUCUUUGGAAGAUUUGUUGUACAAGAGAGAACAGAUAAUUCAGUCGCUUACGUGCGAAGUUCAGGCUUACAAGCAUAGAAUGAUGAGUUUUGGGUUCACUGAGGAUGAGUUGGAGGGUGAUCAAUAUGACAUUCUUCCCUACGAAUACCCUCCUUUAAAAUGUAAUGUCAUUCAUAAUGCCAUGGAUGCUGAUAACGACGAUACUGAUAUUGAGAAAUAUGUAUUUGGCGAAACUCCUAAUGACCGUUUGAGGAACUUGGAGAAUAGGAUUUCUCAAAUGGAGAAAAGUCCCACUUACAGCCAAAAAGAUGGAGAUUUAAUAGGAAAAAAUGUUCUAGAGAAAGUAAUUGUUGGACAAUCUCCAAAGUUGACGAGGCUCUCGAAGAAAGUUUCCUCUGACUCAUCAGCUUUCGGUGGGAUGGUUAGAGAAAUCGGUUCUGAGUUCCCUGUGGAGUCUCCGAUGAACAAUAGCAACUAUAAGAAGGAUUAUUUCUCUCAGUCAGAAGACCAUUCUAAUUUGAAGAAGGUAGAUAAUGCUUCGGAAGGUGAUGAUACGAGUGACAGAGUUUAUACAAUUGACUCUGUUCAUUCUGGGGCACCAUAUAAUGGCUUUACAGGUUCGAAAGCUGGAGCCUUCGAAGAUUAUGCAACCAGUCCAAAGGAAUCAGGGAAUCAUCAUGCUGAAUUUGAGGAUCCCUACAUAAAGAAGCUUUACACGAGGCUUCAGGCACUUGAAGCUGAUAGGGAAUCAAUGAGGCAGGCAAUCAUCGCAAUGAGCACAGAUAAAGCACAGGUUGUGUUAUUGAAGGAGAUAGCUCAGCAUUUGUGCAAAGAGAUGUCACCGCAAAGAAAAAUGAGUACCAGCAAGCCAUAUGUUGCUACAAGAACUCCAUUCUUGUCAAUUUUUAAGUGGGUCACAUCAGUUGUUCUUUGGAGAAAGAAAGCGCAAGAAAGCAAGUAUAUGUUAGGGCUACCAACUGACAGUAUGGGCUUGCUGUUGCUCCUGGACAAAAGAACAAAUGCAAGGCCAUGGAGAUGUAUUUCAAGUACACAAGUGGGAGAUUAAUUCUUCAUUUUCAAAUUUGGGAGCACCAACUGAAUUUUAGUAACCCUAUGCGAUAAGCUUGUUUUCUUAAUUUUUGGUUAUCCUCCCCAGAUCUUGCUGGAAAACGGGGGUGUAUUGUGCAGUGUUCUUUAACUCCAUUUAUUUUUAUGUGAAAUUGAAAUUAAUUUGUUUGUUGAUUUGUGAAACUUGGAUUUGAUAUGACAUAUGAGCAUUCUCUCAUAUGGUUCGUCGUUGGUCAAUCUUCUCUUGUACAUAACAUAUUGCUGGAAGCUCUCUCAAGCUUCAUGCAAUGCCUAUUCUCAACCUGGAUUCUACCAAGUGUGGGGCAGAUUUUUGUGUUGAGUGUUGAACAUUCAAAUGUACCAUAACUUCCACUUCUUCAGUGCAAAAGUGAUAAUCUUGCAUAUUA